AUGCUGGAUAUCUUGAACAGAAAUCGCUGGAGAAACUCAGCAGGUCAACAGAGUUUUGAAGAAGCGUCCCAGACGCUGCCAGAGUUGCAGUGCUAUCCCGGGAGCUGCUCUAGCUGCUCUCUGCUGCCCCCUCUUGGUGUGACAGCGCCAGGCUCCGUCCUGAGUCUCGCGCGAGUCGCCGUGCCGCCGGUCGCCGCCGCCAUCUUGCUGGUGCCGCAGGGUGAGAAACCAUUUACAUGUGAGAUUUGUGGUAAAUGUUUUACUGCAAAGAAUACCCUGCAGACCCACAUCAGAAUCCACAGGGGAGAAAAACCCUUUAUCUGCACUAUCUGUGGAAAAUCUUUUGCUGAUCCAAGUGCUAAAAGACGUCAUGAUGCCAUGCACACAGGAAACAAGCCAUUUGUAUGUCCAACUUGUCAUCAGCGAUUCACUCGAGCUGACAACCUUAGGUCUCAUAUGAAGAUUCACAGCAAGGAGAGGAAAAACAGUGAGAUCAUUAAUGUUCCAGGUGAUGGGGAUACAGAAGAAGUGAAGACUAUCUUGCAACUGCAGCAGUACCAGCUUCCUACUGUAGGUGAACAACAGAUACAGCUGGUGAUGACAAAUGAUGUUCACAAUAUUAAUUUCAUGCCCAACCAUGGUCAGAGCAUUAGUAUUAUCUCAGCAGAGGGAUCACAGAGUCUCCCUGACGACCAGGCUUCAAAUUUGGCUCUGCUGACUCAACAAGGAGAGCACAUGCAGAAUCUGACUCUGGUAGCUCAGCCUGGCCAAACAGACAACAUCCAAGCCAUUAGCAUGGUGGAAAACCAGCAAUGUCCAGGCCAGCCAGAGCAUAUGCAUGUGAUCACGUUGACAAAAGAGGCGAUGGAGCACCUUCAGGGUCAAGCUCAACAACUGCAGAUGGCAGAGGGGAGAUCACAACCUAUUAGUCUUGAGCAGGGGUCCACUCAGCCAGUUCAUUUGAACCAGGAAGCAGCUCAGCAUCUGCAACACGUUCGAUCGGCACAUGUUUCUGAACCGUCAACUCAAACAAUCUCGGUGAACCAAUCUUCACAGCAAAUGCAAGGAGAACAACUUGCAGAUCAAACAUUCCAGUUACAGGCGGACAAUGUUUCUUACCUCUACACUACUAAUUUAGUCACACAGAGCUAGAAAAAUCAAAAAAAUGUAGUUGGAACUAUUUGCUGAAAAUGGGAUAAUGAUUAUGUAACUAAGAGGUUAUCAUAUAAUCUGUGAUCUUUACAGUGACAGGUUAUAUUUAAAAUAGCACUCUAUUGGUCUAUUUUAAGAAUUCAUUUUAAGGUUGAUUUAUUCCAAAUUAUUUUCUCCUCUUUUACUUCUUUAAAGAUUUCCCAUUUUCAAUCUUGCACAAUAUCAUGGUGGAUUUUCUUUCCCUUCCACUCUGGUGGAAGGGAGGUGUGAAAUGAGUUACAUGCUCUUGAAAUGCAAGUUGAAGGUUAGUACCCAUGUUUAACUUCUUCUUUGAACAAGUUUAUUGGAAAACAUUCUUCACUAUUUGUCAGGUCAACACAAAAAAAAUAUAAAAACACCCAAAUAGUUCUGAAGAGGCUCAUAUUUCAUUUAUCUGUUUUCUGCCGUGCCUUUUCAUAAUCGACCUUAAACUUGAAUGUUUUACUGCAAAAUUUUUUCUUUACAAUUCUCCUCCUACUUGCUGCUGUCCUUUGUAAUGUUUUUUAAUUGUGUCAAUAUAGAUUUUUUAAAUAUUAGAAUUCUCAUCAACUUAUUGUUAAAACUCAUGAUGUCUAAAUGAUUCAGAUCACAGAAUGCAAAGUAUUUGUACGAUUAUGUGGCUAACUUUUGUUUUAGAAGAUGAAUAUUUAAAAGAUAAUUCAUCACGAGCUCAGGAAUAACAUAAUUAAAAAUAUUUUCCUUUGCAACUUCAAGAUAUAUUUUGUGACACAGUACCUCAAUUUGCAUCUUUCUGCUCUCUAUUUUCAGGUUUCAGCUUCUGAUAAUGUGGAUAGAAUUAAAACUACAGUGUGUUUUGUUUUGAAAAAGAGAUCAUAUUUUACAAAUAAAUUCACAUUUUGCUUUAAGCAUUGCACACAAUCUUGUUUUUGUGCCUAAGCAUAUGGUUGGCUUCAAUUUGUUAGCACAAAUACAUGGGUGAUUAACAUCUCUGAUUGCCACACCUCAACCGGUUAAACUACGUAUUUUGUAUUAACACAAAACAUCCAGAAUAUUUUAUAUAUGUAAAUAUUGUAGAGUGCUGUAAUUUGCACAUUGUUCUCAUUUUGUUCUUUGCUGAUGGUAGAUCAGUAUGCGGAUCAAAUGUUUUGUGCAACCAAAACAGUGUAAAUAAUUAUAUCUUUUUUUAAUAAAUGGAUGUACAUUUG